AUGCAUGAAAUUAGCCUUAUCACAUAUCGAACGGCAUAUAAGACCCCGAUUGGAACUUCUCCAUACAAGUUGGUGUUUGGAAAAGCUUGUCAUUUGCCGGUGGAACUUGAGCAUAAAGCUUAUUGGGCUUUGCAAAAGCUUAAUUUGGACUAUGAUGCUGCAGCAGAGAAGAGAAUGUUUGACAUGAAUGAAAUGGAUGAGUUUAGGCUUCGUGCAUAUGAGAGUGUUGAUCUCUACAAGGAGCGUGCUAAAAAGAUACAUGAUGCAGCCGUUAAGCCUCGUCAUUUCCAUGAAGGACAGUUGGUCCUAUUGUACAACUCUCGGCUGAAACUCUUUCCGGGCAAGCUUAAGUCAAGAUGGUGGGGUCCUUAUGUGGUGCACAAGGUGUACCCCUAUGGUGCUGUUGAUAUUCGAGAUCAGAAAAAUGACAAUCUUUGGAAGGUGAAUGGCCAACGCUUGAAGGCAUAUGUUGGAGGUGAAAGUGGUAUGGAAGCAAAAGAAGUGGUUGCACUAGUGGAACCAAAAGUGUAG